AUGGCGGAACAAGGCACUGACUCAGUGGACAUUCCAGGGCAUGUUGAGAGGACCAAUGACCGCGACUACGAAGUGGAAGAAAGGCGAUAUCGAACAAUGGAGUCAGCUGCAAACAGGCUUCAGAAAGAAGCGAAGGGCUAUCUGGAUUCCUUGAGAGCCAUGACUGCGUCCCAAAUGCGAAUCGCAGAAACAAUCGAUGCUUUCUACGGUGAUGCUGGGACGAAAGAUGGGGUCAGCAGAUCGUACAAGCAAGCGGUAGAAGAUCUGGAUGCCGAAACGAUCAAAGCACUUGACGGGCCCUACAGGACCACUGUCCUUGAACCUAUCUCUCGAUUCUGCGCCUACUUCCCAGACAUCAACGAAUGCAUCAAGAAACGAAACCACAAACUUCUCGACUACGAUUCGAUGCGCUCAAAGGUCAAGAGACUGGUUGAUAAGCCUGACAAGGAUGUCACCAAGCUGCCUCGCGCGGAGAAAGAAGCCGAAAUGGCAAAACAAGCCUACGAACAACUAAAUGAACAACUCUUUACAGAACUACCCCAACUUAUCGACCUACGAGUGCCAUAUCUCGAUCCCAGUUUCGAAGCACUAGUCAAGAUCCAGCUGAGAUUCUGUGCGGAGGCAUAUUCAAGGAUGGCUCAAGUACAGCAGUAUCUGGACGCCGAUACAAGGGAUCAAUACGCUAGAGGAGAUCUGGACAACAGAGUCGAGCAAGUCCUGCAGGAGAUCAGGGAUUUGACGAUUGCAGGGACAUUCAACUGGGGCACUGCCUUCAAGUUCAUGCUCUAA